CCAUUACUGAUCGAGACGUUAAAGGGUAUUUUCGUAAUUUCACGCCCCCAGUUGUUCGAGAGCUCGGUUUGGGGGACGGCUAGCUCGUAGCCCUGGGCGACCGAAGGAGCUCACCGCUACGCAAAACCUCUACGAAAAGCAAAGAAUGGAUCAGAUGGAUCUUAACCUAAGGGAGGAUGAGGAUUCUGCGGUGAUGAAGACGAUCAAGGGGGCGACCACGGGAUUGGCCGCGGGGACGAUCUGGGGCACGAUCGUCGCCACAUGGUACGACGUGCCGCGUGUCGAGAGGAGCGUUGCGCUCCCCGGCCUGAUCAGAACCCUGAAGAUGUGCGGAAGCUACGGGCUCACGUUCGCCGCCGUAGGAGGGCUCUACAUUGGUGUGGAGCAAUUGGUGCAGAAGCAGAGGAUGAAGAGGGACUUUGUUAAUGGUGCAGUCGGUGCCUUUGUUGCUGGAGCAACUGUAUAUGGAUUUAAAGGAAGGAGCAUACAGACUGCCAUCUCUGCAGGAUCUUGCCUGGCAUUUACUUCUGCUGUGUUGGACAUUGGGGGCCGCACGACAAGGGUAGACAAUGGUAAAGAAUACUACCCAUACACCACUGAGAAGAGGUCAGCUACUUAGCCACACUGAUAUGAAUGAGCUCAUACUCUUGUAACUACCGCCGUGGAGGUGGAGAUUUGGCUUUUGAGCCUGUAUUCUUUUUUCUUUUUUCUUUUUUCUUUUUUUUACUUUCGCUUGGAUGACAUCUUUUGUUGUUCCGUGCAAAGGAAUCGUGCUUUAUCUUUAGCAAUCUGUGUUCUAUUUUCAGAACUAGGAUGAUGGAAUUGCAGAAUAAGUUUUGUUUCCCUCUUGUGGGUAAUAAGAAGGGAGCUUGUAACAAUUAUUUGGCUUUGUUUUGCACUUGUUCCAGAUGGGAAGUUUUCCCUCUGCUACCCUUUAAUGUUAUUUCUAAUUACGGUUAUUUUUCUAGUAA